UUUUCAUUGAGAAGUCACUGCGAGCAAGGCUUACAUUGCUACGUUCCAUAUUCUGAAAGCCAAGGUCCAUUUUCAUUGGGAAGUGAGAGCGAGCUUUAACUGGUUACGUUCCACUUCCUACUUAAGACCUGAAAGCCAAUGCCCAUUUUAUUGGGAAGUGACUGCGAGUCAUAUUUGGAUACGUUCAAUGAUGGCGUUUCAGUGGUGUCCAACAUCAAUGAAACUGCGCAUAUCUUCAGAAGAAAAACUUCUGGAAGGCCUCACUGCUCCAAAAGAAGUCCGCUUAGUCAACAUCGGGAGAUGUGUUGGAGAAACGGACAAUCUAAUCCGGACACUUAUUCUCAACAAAGAUGGAACCGGGACGCCAGCGCUAUUCAUACACGGGUUCGCCGCUGCCUUGACAACUUGGCUACUCAACAUUGACGCACUUGCAAGAGAUAGGCCAGUGAUCGUUAUUGAUGUUUUAAGCUUUGGCGGCAGCAGCCGACCCAAGUUCAGCAGUGAUGCUCGUGAAGCCGAGGAUCAAAUUGUCAAAUCGAUCGCGUUGUUGAUGACGACUAUUGGAUAUGAGAAAUUUAUUCUCAUCGGGCACAGCAUGGGAGGAUUUCUUUCGUCUGCCUUUGCUCUAAAACAUCCCGAUCGCGUUGUCCACCUGGUUUUGGCAGAUCCCUGGGGGUUUCCGGAUCCUGGUGAACCACCUGGGAACGAUGCAGCCCAACUCCACACACCUCUCUGGUGGAAACUUCUCGAUUUACUCCACCGCUUGGCUAAUCCACUGUUUCUUCUCCGAGCGGUCGGACCCUUCACAAUGACGAGAAGAUGUGGAAGCUACCUAUAUCGAAAAUCGGCCUUCCAUUCUAUGAUGGUCAAUUCGAACUACGCACGAUUUCCCAUGGUCGACCGUAUCAUGAAACUUCCACCACUCGUUCCCAUUACCUUUAUAUACGGAGUGAACUCUUGGAUUGAUAGGCAGCCGGGCCGGAGUAUCAAAGAGCGCUGGAAUGGACCUACUGUCAAGCUCAAUGUUCUUCAUGGCGCUGGUCACCAUGUGUAUGCAGAUCGAUCUGCUGAGUUCAAUCACAUUGUUAUGGCAGCGUGCGUUUUGGGCGAAUUGUUACACAGCCCCUAAGUUUUGUAGAACAAUGCAAUGCACACAGAGAGAUUCAAUGCAGUUUGAAAGUUCUGGAUCCCCUGUAUCGUCCUGGAUUUUAUUAUCUUUUUAACAACUCUGUUGUUCACAAUUCGUGGGCUUUCCCUCACCACCUGGUAUAUUAUAUUUUCACCUUGUUAACAACAAUUUCACUUUCUUAUCUUAUGUUUUCAUCCUUCAAUAGUAUCCACCAAUUGAAGGGUUUGGAUGGGGACCCAGGAAAACAACUUUGAUGUGGCAAUACCAUUCAUUACCUCAGGAGCCUAAUUUUAGUCCGUCCCCGAAGGACAUGAAAGUUCAUAAUGUCUAGGGCUCAUUCAGUUGUGCAAUAAGAAGGAUUAACGAAAUCGAAUUAGUUUGACGAAAUUCUCAUGGUAAGUUUUUCCAUUUACAGUUUCGGCUUUGGUAAUAUCUGGCAUUUAAAUUACUAUCUUCGACUUGCCACGAUUCGGCGUGUGCUGAUCACGUGCAAACCUUCGGCAAACUGUUUCAGUGUGUGCUGAUUCAUGUGUAGAAGUUUGCUCGCCAU